CGUCGGUUCCUGUAUUGUUUCUCAACUGCUCGUGUUAGUGUCGUUUAAAUGUCAGAGUGCAUUAAGUUUGUGUUCUGAAUCUGAUUCAGUAAAGGUCCUGUUUUACUGUCGAGGACACUUGUUCUUUAUCGCAGGGCAUUCCUGGAGUGUUUUCGCGCACUUCUGAGAGAAAUAUCGAGGUUUUCUUGAAUUUCUUCAGUGUUUGGUAUCGAUAUCGUUGCUCUGUUUAUAAUAGAGUAUCAGUCAUAUAUCCGCCCGAAGCGAAUUCGCGCAGAAUUGCGAUGUAGGAACUCGGAGCGAACGAACCGAAUUCAUUGACAAUGCAACAUUGUUUCGCGCAUUUCAGCGCUCUGUUCUGUUGUAAUGAUAUUUUAUGGGCAUUUGACAGGGACUGUUUUUACCUAAAAAUCAAUAUUGUAAGCUAAGAUCUAUAUGGAUGUAGAAAGAAGAACUUAUAUUUUAAGAAGACGUUUCUGGUUUAAUGGGGCCAAUCAUCGGGAUGUCACCGGACAAGAAAGCUGAAUCCCCAGGCGUGCUGGAUGAGCGGGCCGGCCUGCGCGGGGUUUGUGGGACGCUGCCCGAAGCCGAAUGUGCCGCCAGCCCGCUGGCCACCAGCCUGGACCGCACGUCCAGCGCAGGAGACGAAGAACUUACCAACCUCAACUGGCUCCACGAGAACCUCCUCCAGAACUUCACGCUGGGAGGCCCCGAGGCCCAGUCAAGCCCCAGCCCGCUUUUUGACAUCGAGGGCAACCACGAGAACCACGUCAUCUCUUCAGCGGCCUCUCACGGAGACUCCGUCAAGUCCAAACCACCGUUUUCCUUUUCCCUGCUCAUAUACAUGGCCAUCGAACAGUCCCCCAGGAAAUCUCUGCCGGUCAAGGACAUCUACGGCUGGAUUCUGGAGCACUUUCCAUACUUCUCCAGCGCCCCUACGGGCUGGAAGAACUCGGUGCGGCACAACCUGUCCCUCAACAAGUGCUUCCGUAAAGUGGAGAGGAAUCUCGGGAAGGUGAAUGGGAAAGGCUCGCUGUGGUGUGUGGACCCUGAAUACAGACCCAAUCUGAUCCAAGCCCUGAGGAAACAGCACUUUCCUACAGCUCACUCCUUCUGCACGCCCCCUGCCUCCCCGCCCAGUGCCUUCUCACCCGCACGACACCUCUUCCUCCAGACCGGCUCUCUUAAAGAGUCAGACAUUGAUGCCGCCACAACCAUGAUGCUGUUAAACGCAGCCCCCGGACAUCACGUUGACCCCUGUGACCCGGACUGCCCCAUAGAUCUCUCGCGGCCCGACUCGGUCCUGGUGAGCAGCGAUCCAAAGCAGGACCACAACUACAGCAGCUCCUCCUUCCAGCGCUGCUCGUCUCGAUCUUCCUCGUCCUCUUCCUCGCUCUCCUCCCUGGACGAGACGGCCUGCGACUCCAACCAGGGCCGGCGCGCCGGAAGCGAGGGUUUUCACAGCGACGAAGACUCCGAGGAGGAGAGGAGCUCACGGCCGCCUUCGCUUUCCAUACGCCACCCGCUCAAAGUCAAGUGCCCCGUUCCGGGCAAACGGGCCCGACGCGAAUCCAAACCGGAAUUGGACGAGGAGUUAAAGGAAGCGGCCGGGUCGCUCUUGCACCUGGCUGGGAUCCGUCCCGGUCUGGAUCUGUCAAAACAAGGAGCGAAGAGUAAAAGAUUGGAAAAGCAUCGAAAUUAAAGUCCUUUAGUGCUUUUUGCAAUCCCAACAGACAACUGUGCCUCCUUGUUUAUUGGGUCAUUAAAAGCCUCCCCGAUUCAAACUACGGCAAUAGAAACUCUCACACGGGGAUGAACGAAGCCAUACUGAGACUUUUGAGUGAAUAUGAAGAGAGAGUAUCCCAAAACUUCAUGUGCUUAUCUCAGAAGGUGACAAAUGGAGGGACAGGACGUUGAUGUUUUUCACUAAACCGUGUGCAUGCUUCCUCUUUACACGAGCGCUCGACCCUUCCACGUGAAUCUGUGUUGUUUCGACAGAGAAUGGAGUGCAUGUCUGUGACGUACGAAGCGUUGACAUAUACAGAUCACGGCCGUUUUUAAGAACAUCAUGAAGAAAUGCAAUAAUUCUUAUCAGGCGGAUGCCAUCCGAUCGGUUUGUUUUGUUCUUUCGAGGAGCUGGAUGUUUUUCGGAUGGAGGAUUCGUCUGCGAUGAUGUUUGGGGUGAAGCUCACAGAAACAUGUCCGGGUCGCAUUGUGUAGCUGAAGUCAAAAGAAAAAUAUUUUUUUAAUCAAAGCAAUGAAAUCUCUUUUCAGUACCAUUGGGAUGUUUUGCACCGUGAUGUUAUUUUCAUGACCGUUUAACUCUUGUUCUCAUCACAGAAUGGGUUUGUGUUUUGGGGAGGUCUGAAUUAUCAUGAAAAUAAAGUCACGAUCUAAAAACUAGGCUUUCUUCAUUUUGAAUGAAAUAUGAUGUUCUUGAUGGGUUCGUGAGUCACCCUUUGAGCAGUCGACUGGAAUGGACGGAUCAUGUUGGAUAUCGAGCCUUUGAGAUCCAGAACCUUCACUGAACUGAUUAUCUCCAUCAAUGACGCCAAACAUACUUUUAUAACCGAUUGAAACCAACUUUCCCGUCAUGCUUUUAUUCAGUUCUUUAGUUUUCAGAUGUCUAUGGUCUUUAUGAUCUGUGUUCUCCAUCAGUUUUAAUGUGGUUGUGUGGCAGAUCUUGAUGUUUAAUUUCUCUCUGUUCGAAGCCUAUGCAAAACACAAGACGCGGUCGCUCUGUAUUUUCUAUAUGUGCGUGUAGGAUGUGCGUGUGAUUGUGGAGUUUAUCUGUAUCCUGACCUCAUGGCGCUGCGGGUGUAGAUGAACAGAUGCACACGGGAAACCUGUCAAGAACAUGUCGGACUCAUAUUUCACACCAAAAUCAAAAGAAAGGACAUUUAAGUAUAUUUUUUUAGUGACAGAUUUAACUUCCUAAUUCUUUAAAUCGUUCAAAUGAUUGAAAUUGAUUGUUGCAACGCAAUGAAAUUAGGCUUGAAUUCUCUUCUAUUUUUAUCUUUUGAUUUCAGGGAGAAAUGUGAGCCGGACACAUUUGCGUUGUCAGACAGAGGGAUUAACAGUAAACCAUGUUAACACGGGAACAUUACAUCACAGUCACUUUCAUGUAUUAAAUAUGAAUCGAUGAGCAUGGUUUACACUAAAAUGUAAGGUAUAAUGUGUUAUGCACUUGUGCGCAAUACCAUAAGGUACUGAGAAAUAUAAUACAGACAGAUCUGAAAUGUGGCCAGUACGAUUGACCUGAUAUGACCAAAAACUAAAAAUAACCAAACCAGAAUGAAAGCAGAAGUAACAAGCGUGACGUGCCAAAACAUGUCAAUCACUGCCUCACAGAUGGCAAAUGUGUUUAUUAAAGAAAUGUAGUUCUGUCGUCAUUUAUUCACCCUCACGUGGUUCAAAACCUGUAUGUGACUCUGUCUUCUGUGAAACACAAAAGAAGAUAUUUUGAGAAAUGUCUCGGUGGUUUUGUGUCCGUGGAAGUCCAAUGUUUUGGUUACAGAUGUCCUUCUUUUGUGUUUUGCCAAGGUAAGAAAGUCCGAGUGGUUUGGAAUGACAUGAGAGUGAUUAGAUGAUUAAACAUAUUUUAUUUUCAGGCGAACUAUCGCUUAAAGAUGAAAAGGCCAAUAUUAAUAGCUAUUAAAUUACCUUAAUUUGGGUUAAUCUGUAGAAAAGAAUGUCAGUAUCAGCAGAACCUUUUUGUUUCUGUUGUGCCAUAAUGUGACUACAAAAAUAAUUUCAGAACCGCCAAGAUUAAUGUGAUCGUCUUUUUUUAAGCGUUGACUGCCAACUGACAAUACUGCCAAGUUCCCACAAAACAUGUUAUAUUUUACCCCAGAUAUUUAAAUUGUAAAGUAUUUAUUCAUUAUGCUAGUAUUAUUCAAACUGCCUUUGUUUUGGGGUUAGAUGUUUGCAGUGCAGUAAUUGUUUUACUGUAAUGAAGUUCAUAUUGACAGAUGAAAUCAAGAAUAACAACAAUCACAACAGAAAAAUGUUCGGAUGCAUUACAGUGGAAAAGUGUGUCAUGAAAAUAAUGAAACGAUUAAAAAACAUCAAAAGAUUUUCUGUCAGUGUUUGGUGGGUGAAAUGUAAUCUGGACUUUUUAUGAGAUUCACUCAAACUGUUGCAAAUAAUUCUGGAAGGAGAUCGAGUCUGAAUAUACACCUUUGAUUUUUCUGUUUACGUGCAGAGUGAAGAUUUGUUCUUGUUUUGUACUGCUGUUGUUUUAUCGACACUGCCACACAAACAACUGUUGACAUCCUCUCAGAUUUCUGUGGAGAGAUGAAUACUGCAGUUGUGAAGCAGAAAUACAUCUGUGAGAGUUUUGUGCCAACUGUGAAUAGUAAAUGUGUGAGGUCUGUGACACGGGGUCCAAAAACAUCUCAUGGUCUUUGUGAACGAGUGCCCGUCUGGUUGUAACGGCUGGGUGUGUGAGUUUACGAUGAUGUGCGACUGCACUGUUUAAAAUUAUGUUUAUUAUAUUUUCCUUGCCUGCAUUGAAUGAUGUAAAUAAACUCGACUGCUAAACAUUUUCUGCCGACCCAAGCUGCCACCUCAGUAUGUUUGUCACUGUCUGCCAGUCUGUUAGACAGACAAUGCCCUCAUUUUUUGUACGCUAACCUCUGUUAAUAAAUAAAAUGUUUAUAAAGUUUAUUUUCGCCAAAGAUAUGCAAUUGCAUUAUAUAUGGUAUUACUGAAUAAAAGAUGUGGUUUUACUCGUGUUGUUUUUGUU